AUGAUCCAGCAACUCGCGGAAUGGGACGGGAUUCUGGCUGUGGCGGUCGAACCGUACAACGUCCACGACCACUCGUCGUGGGCGGGGUCGGAAGACGGUUCGGUCGCCAUAUAUUUUCGGUGGGGGACACGCGACGAGGCCGCCGUCUUCUCUUCUCUGGAGAGAGGCGACAGAUACCUCGUCGUACUGUGGGGGGAACUGGCCGUGGUCGGGGGAUACUUCUCGCCAUCGAGGCCCUUCCUCGAAUUUCAAAGAUACGUGGGCGAGCUCGAGCUAGCCGUAAGGCGACACUCGGCUCGCCAGGUGUUGGUCCUGGAGGACUUCAAUGCCAAGUCGGAGACUUGGGGCUCCCCCAAGACUGACGGCAGAGGAAAGGUCUUAGAAGACACUAUGGCGGCCUGCGGGCUCACGGUUGUUAACGUGGGCUCGCAACACACGUGCGUCAGGCACAAUGGGGGUUCGAUUGUCGAUGUGACGUUCGCGUCGACCCCCUUUGUCGCGCGCGGGGUGUCCGAAUGA